UCUUUCCCUCAAGAAAAAAACCAGACCUUUCUUCUCCGACGAACACGACUCCUCCAGUCACGCCCAACCCGCGUCCCUCGACCGAUUGAUUGCCGGACGACUCCACCACCACCGGCGCCGGCACCGAUGGAGUACGAAUUCCGCGGCCGGUCGGGCUCCGGAUCCUACGCCGCCGGCGGUGGCGGUGGCGGCUCGUCCCUCUACCCGCGCGUCGGCCAGCCCUCCCACGGCGCCGCCGCCCCACCGCAGCGGGCCGCGCCGUACCACCACGUCACCGCGCAUCCCUCAUCCCCCGCCGCCCCGGCCCCAGCUCCCGCUCCUUCCUCCUCUGCAUCGAUGGGCAUACAAGUUAUUAUAAAGCCAGAAUAUCGGAUAACCCCUCCUCCUCAGUUGGCACCGCAGAUGGUAGAAAUUCCCCGCAGCACCUUUAACUUUGAUUUUGAGUAUGAGAGAAAGAUUCUUGCGGAGGCAGAGAAGGAGAACCCCAACUGGGGCAAGUUUGUGGUAGAAAGAAAGACACCACUACCACCACAACAGCAGCAGCAACAACAACCACUGACACCAAGAGGGCCAAGACACACAACUCCCACUACUUCUACGGUUGCACCAGUAGAUCCAGUUGUGGAGAAGUAUAUCUCCAUGGGGCUUGGACGUGAAGCUGUGUCAUUUGCUGUGUUAAAUUAUGGAGAUAAUCCAACAAAGGUGAAGGAGUUUGUGAAAUCCUACAACGACCUCCACGAGAUGGGCUUCACCACCGGGAACGUCCCCGAGUUGUUGGCGAUCCACGACAACGACCCUGACAAAGUUAUCCAGCACUUGCUCAGCUCACCAUAGUCCAGCACGAGAGUACAGCUUCUACACGUAUGUACAGGUCCCAUCCUAUGCUGCUCAACAGUAUUGUACUACUACAUACAUUAUGCGUGGAACUUGUAAUGCAGUAUGGAACGGUUCUAGCUGACGCAUCAAACCGAUUGCCACGUGGUGUGUAAGGAUCUUUCGUCAUGAUUCGUUGGUUUUUCGGUUUUCCA